UGGCGGCACUAUUUCUUAGACACAGUCAAUUUAUCUGGAUCUGGGUAGUUCGAGUAAUUGUUUCUGUAUUGAAGAUUUCCGAUCCCAGCUUAUCACAGCGUGGUUUUGCACCCCUCGUGGAUGAACAUAGAAUCAAUCCGGUCCAAUCCUACUGACACUGUUAUGGCGGGUGUUUCUUUUUUUGGGGGGGGGGGGUCUACAGUUAUAGAUAAAGAUCAGAGGAAACCACAUUUCUGUUUUGAGUCACACAGAGGAAGACUGACAACACACAGAGACACACGCACACAGACAGACAGACAGAUAUACAUACAGAGAGACAGACAAACAGAGACACACACAGAGACAGAGAGAGACACACGCACACAGAGACAGAGACAGAGAGACACAGAGAGAGAGAGAGAGAGAGACACACACACACAGACAUACAGAGAGAGACAGAGAAAGAGACACACACAGACACAGAGAGACACACACACAGAGAGACACACACACACACACACAGAGACACACACAAACAGAGACAUACAGAGAGAGAGAGAGACACACGCAGACAUAGAGAGAGAGAGAGAGACACACACAGACAUACAGAGAGAGAGAGAGAGAGAGAGAGACACAGAGACAUACAGAGAGAGAGACACACACACAGAGACACACACACACAGCUGAAAAACAUGUCAUAACCUCACAUGACAAGUUUCCAAUUUCCUACCACAGCUUGUUAUAAAAACGACACGCCAGCACACGGACACAGCUGCGCUCUACCGCUGGCACUAAAUCAUUCGGCAGAGUCAAAAAAAAAGAAUGCUGUCUCUCGCGGUCCUGGCGCUGUUUGUCCCUCUGGUCAGCGGUCAUCUGGGUGCUGACCCCUCUCUGGACAAUGCCUGGAAGCUCUGGAAGGACUACCAUCAGAAACAAUACAUGAGAAAGGAGGAGGAGCUGUCGAGACGUCUGAUCUGGGAGAAGAAUCUCAAGGCCAUUGAGACCCACAAUCUGGAGUUCUCUCUGGAUCUGCACUCCUACAGGCUGGGGCUCAACCAACUGGGGGACCUGACCACGGAGGAGGUUGAUGCCAUGCUGAACGGACUCUUAGUGCCAGCGGCGGGCGAGAUGAACCACACCUUCACCCUGCCACCCGAUGCCCGCGUGCCUCUGACCAUGGACUGGAGGCUGGAUGGGUUUGUGACUAAAGUGAAAAACCAGGGUUCCUGUGGCUCCUGCUGGGCGUUCAGCUCUGUGGGGGCCCUUGAGGGCCAGCUCAAGAGAGGCACGGGCCAGCUGGUCAGCCUCAGUGCACAGAACCUGGUGGACUGCUCCUGGAGCUACGGAAACCAUGGCUGCCAUGGCGGUUUGAUGAGCAAAGCCUUCCUCUACAUCGAAGACAACAAGGGCAUUGACUCAGACGCAGCAUACCCUUAUGAACACAAGGAAGGAAAAUGCCGCUACAAUGUGUCGGGCUGGGCUGCCACCUGCUCUGGAUACAAGAUCCUGCCACGAGGGGACGAGACUGCCCUGCAGUACACCGUCGCCCGCGUCGGACCCGUGGCCGUGGGCAUCGAUGCCACCCGGUUCUCCUUCCACCACUACAGAGGAGGUCUGUAUUACGAGCCCUUGUGCAGCAGUAAGAAGUUGAAUCACGCCGUGCUGGUGGUGGGGUACGGCACGGAGAACGGUCACGAUUACUGGAUUGUGAAAAACAGCUGGGGCACCUCCUGGGGUGAAAACGGAUACAUCCGCAUGGCGAGAAAUCGGGACAACAACUGCGGUAUCGCUACAUACUCCAUCGUGCCAAAACUCUGAUCGACUGCUGGCAGAGAGGGACCACAGCCAUGGUCAAGCACAGCAAUGCCAUUGUCUGCGUGCCACACGACAACAGGCACUCGAAUAGCACGGGCGCGCGGCUCUGUUUUAUACAGUAUUACUGGCACUGAAACCCCGCUUUAGGUAGAUGUGUUUAGGUGGCAAAAGCUGAUUGGCUGUAGAUUCUCCCAGUGUGUCGAAUUGAUAGUUUAAACUAAGAAACGCGAUGCAUUGAUCUGCAUGGAAAGCAGUGUACAACAAGAAACGCUUUGGUGUAAUGCACCAACUGGCCAGACG